AUAGUUUAUAAUAUCAAAAUAUAUACAUAAAAAGAACAUCGUUUUUAAUAUUGCGAAUUUCAAGUGUGAAGUGGUAGUGGUCAUUCAACUCAUUAGUUAAUCGAAGCAUUCGAAGCAACUGACAUAUAGAUCAUGCAAACGAGUAUAGUAAUCAGUAACCGGUUCACAUUUAAAUUGUAGUUAACAAAUAACAAAGUGACGAGCUUUUUGAAGAAAUAAAUACGAAGUCUUCUGAAUCGUUCCUGUUUCAUUUCGAAGUUUAUAUUUAUAUUAUUAUAUUUGGAUUCUUGGUUUUAUUUUUUAUAACAUAAAAAUGCAAGUAAUUAAAAAACCAUUCCGUGUUGCAAUUGAAGGAAAUGUUGGAUCUGGAAAAUCAACAUUAAUUAAGUACUUUGAAAACUUUAAAGAAGUUGAAACAAAUGCUGAACCAAUAGAAACAUGGAGAGAUUUAAAUGGUCAUAACUUACUUCAACUGACAUACUCAGAUCCUCACAGAUGGAAUUUUGCUUUUCAACAUAAUGUACAACUAAGUCGUUUGAAUUUACAGUCAAAAACUACAAAUAAAGACGUACAAAUGUUUGAGCGUUCUUUGCAAAAUAAUAGAUAUUGUUUUGUGGAGAUGGCUCAUGACAAAGGAUUAUUAUCCAGUCCUGAAUAUGGAGUAAUGUGUCAAUGGUAUGAAUACAUAGAAGCAAAUGUGGACAUUGGAUUAGAUCUAAUUGUUUAUCUAAGAAGUUUACCAGAUAUUGUACAUACAAGAAUGCAGCGUCGUAACCGUCCAGAAGAACGUACUGUAAAACUUGAUUAUUUAGUAGAUCUACAUGAAUAUCAUGAAAAAUGGUUAAUAAAAAAAUAUUACAAUCUCCCAUGUCCAUUAUUAGUGAUAGAUGUCAACAAAGACUUAUCUGACAAUCAGCUUAUAGAUAUAUAUAAAACUUAUGAAGAUAUAAUAUUUGGUAAAAUACCAGUUUUAUAAUUCAUAGAUUAUACAUUUCUAUUAAGUAAGUGAUUUUAUGUUUCAACAAGAUAACUCUUUUAUAUACAUUUUAGUUCUUAAGUUAAUUUUUAGAUUUCAAUAGUUUUAUAUUU